GCAGCAUAAUGGGGAGAUAGAUUUACCUAAACAUUGCACAGUCCAACAAUCUUCCUGAAAUAAAUAUAAAGAUUUAAACUACAUUUUGGCUAAAUUCUGAAAAAAAAAACUGCGUAGAUUUUGCGGAGGAAUUCAUUUGAGUAGUAAAUCGUACUAAGUGUCAUGUGGUGCACUGUACUUAAAUGCAUCAUUGUGCUUUGAUCAUUGUGCAACAAUACAGGACAUAUUGUGAAGCAUUCUUGUGCAACCCAAUAUUUAAAUAAAUAGCAGAGAACCAUGGAUCCCAGUAAAAUAAAGCAGAAGGAUUGUGUAGGAAGGAACUGCAGAUGCUGUUUUGGACUGGAGAUAGACACAAAAAGCUGGAGUAAUUCAGCGGGUCAGGCAGCAUCUCUGGAAAAUAAGAAUGGGUGACGUUUUGGGUCGAGACCCUUCUUCAGAACUUUAAAACCGAACUGCUUCUAUGCCUCUUAGAGGAGGGCUUGACUAUCAAAGGUGUUACCCUUUAGUUGCAAAGUCAUAGAGUGGUGCAGUGUGGAAACAGGCCCUUCAGCCCAACAUGUCCCAUCUACACUAGUCUCACCUACCUUUGCUUGGUCCAUAUUUCUCCAAACCUGUCCUAUCCAUCUAACUGUCCAAUUGUUUCUUAAACGUUGGGAUAGUCCCAGCCUCAACUACCUCCUCUGGCAGCUUGUUCCGUACAACCACCACCCUUUGUGUGAAAACGUUACCCCUCAGAUUCCUAUUAAAUCUUUUCCCCGUCACCUUGAACCUAUGGUCAUCAAUUCCCCUACUCUGGGCAAGAGCGAGCAUCUACCUGAUCAAUUCCUCUCAUGAUUUUAUACACCUCUAUAAGAUCACCCCUCAUCCUCCUGCACUCCAAGGAAUAGUGAUCCAGCCUACGCAACCUCUCCCUAUAGCUCACACCCUCUAGUCCUGGCAACAUCCUCGUAAAUCUUUUCUGAACCCUUUCAAACUUGACAAUAUCUUUCCUUUAACAUGGUGCCCAGAUGUGAACACAAUAUUCCAAAUGCGGUCUCACCAACAUCUUAUACAACUGCAACAUGACCUCCCAACCUCUAUACUCAAUACUCUGACUGAUGAAGGCCAGUUAAAUUGUGCUUCCAAAAUCCUCAUGUAACCAUGAGAGUCACCUUAUCCGGUCAGGGGGAGGGUGUCAACCCAAAAUGACACCCACUGCUUAUCUCCAGAGAUGCUGCCUGCCCCGCUGAGUUACUCCAGCAUGUCUGUCUGGUCAGUGUCUGUGAAAGUAUGCUGUGUGAUAAUUAUAACCAUAUAACCAUAUAACAAUUACAGCACGGAAACAGGCCAUCUCGGCCCUGCUGGUCCGUGCCGAACACUUCCUCUCACCAGGUCCCAUCCACCUGCAUUCAGACCGUAACCCUCCAUUCCCUUCCUGUCCAUAUACCUAUCCAAUUUAUUUUUAAAUGAUAAAAUCGAACCUGCCUCCACCACUUCCACUGGAAGCUCAUUCCACACAGCUACCACUCUCUGAGUAAAGAAAUUCCCCCUCAUGUCACCCCUAAACUUUUGUCCCUUAAUUCUCAAAUCAUGUCCUCUUGUUUGAAUCUUCCCUACUCUCAAUGGAAAAAGCUUAUCCACGUCAACUCUGUCUAUCCCUCUCAUCAUUUUAAAGAUCUCUAUCAAGUCCCCCCUUAACCUUCUGCGCUCCAAAGAAUAAAAACCUAUCUUGUUCAACCUUUCUCUGUAACUUAGGUGCUGAAACCCAGGCAACAUUCUAGUAAAUCUCCGUACUCUCUCUAUUUUGUUGACAUCUUUCCUAUAAUUUGGCGACCAAAAUUGUACACCAUACUCCAGAUUUGGUCUCACCAAUGCCUUGUACAAUUUUAACAUUACAUCCCAGCUUCUAUACUCAAUGCUCUGAUUUAUAAAGGCUAGCAUACCAAAAGCUUUCUUUAUCACCCUAUCUGCAUGAGAUUCCAACUUCAGAGAACUAUGCACAGUUAUUCCUAGAUCCCUCUGUUCUACUGCAUUCCUCAAUUCACUACCAUUUACCAUGUACGUCCUAUUUUGAUUUGUCCUGCCAAGAUGUAGCACUUCACACUUAUCAGCAUUAAACUCCAUCUGCCAUCUUUCAGCCCACUCUUCCAAAUGGCCCAAAAUCUCUCUGUAGACCUUUGAAAAUCUACUUCAUUAUCCACAACACCACCUAUCUUAGUAUCAUCUGCAUACUUACUAAUCCAAUUUACCACACCUUCAUCCAGAUCAUUGAUGUACAUGCCAAACAACAGUGGACCCAACACAGAUUCCUGAUGUACCCCACUAGUCACUGGCCUCCAACCUGACAAACAGCCAUCCACCAUUACUCUCUGGUAUCUCCCAUUCAGCCACUGUUGAAUCCAUCUUGCUACUCCACUAUUAAUACCCAACAAUUGAACCUUCUUAACUAACCUUCCAUGUCAUAACCACUGCGACCUUUUCCAGUGCGGUUCUGCCCCCUUCACCUUCACAAAUCCCAGAUGAUUCCUGGCAUUAAUACUUCAAAGAUAGACACAAAAUGUGGAGUAACUCAGCGGGACAGGCAGCAUCUCUGGAGAGAAGGAAUGGGUGGCGUUUCAGGUCAAGCCCCUUCUUCAGACUGAUGUCAGGGGAGUGGGCAGUAACUAGAUAAGGAAAUGUAAGGUGUGAAAACAGGACCAAGUGAAUGGAGAUCAAGGAAAAUGUACAAUAGAUCAUUGUUAACUGGGAGAAGGUAACAACAAAGCAAAGAGAGGUAAAAUGUAGUCGGAGACAGUAAGACUGGUCGGAGAACUGGGAAGGGGGAGGGGAUGGAGAGUGAGGGAAAUCAAGGGCUACUUGAAGUUAGAGAAGUCAAUGUUCAUACCGCUGGGGUGUAAGCUACCCAAGCGAAAUAUGAGAUGCCAUUCGUACUUCGAUGAACAAUGAGAAAUAUGAGUUGCUAAACCUGUUGUAUGAAAAGCCACAGAAAAAUGUUUGCCGCCUCCAACAGGGACAUUUCUGAAUGUCUAAUGACAAGUGGAGGUUGCCAGAGAGACCUCCAAUUGCUAUGCAUGUACCACCAGCCAGUUGCACCACCAACAAUGUAUGAAUUGCUUUCCAGUGUAUACUGAGAGGCACCGGUGCAGAGACAUGGUUCAAGCCAGCCACAGAACUUUUUAACACAAACUUAAUGGAAAUUAAGUUCUGCAUUUUCGGAACAGAUAUUGUACACUGGGCAGCAGCAAAAUAAUUAGGUAAUUACCGAUGGGGAAGUAGAGACUCCAGGACACGUUACGACAUGCUCCACAAAUUCCAUCUCUGCACAAUGCUGAGGUUCUUAAUAGCUUUUCUACUUCCUGAUUUGCAACAGUGCAUCAGAGAUAACCACUCAGAUUACCAUGCGCCACGUGGUAUGAUGCACAAUUCCCAUGGCAUUCGUAACGAGAAGUGGUUCAUUAGUGGGUGAUCACCAGCAAGGAGGCAGCUGCUUGACAUGCAAGCUGAGCCUGAGCUAUUUAGCGUUCUAGAGAACCCGAGUUUCUGUGUUCACUGAGUGGGCCUCCAAGUGACUUCCUCGUACCCGAAUCAAACUACCUACGCUAAAACAUGUUCAGUUUUCAGGAAGAACCAUUACAGAUGAAACCUUGCAACCACAUUUUCUGGUGAGAGGACGCCAUGUGGGGCAUGAAGACCAGGCAACACUUCGAGCCUGCCUCGGCGUCAGUCUCAGCUGCAGCAGCAGCUAAUGGCAAUACAACUGUUUCACUGCGUUCAGCUAGAAGGAGGACUGGAGGAAGUUCAAGAAUGAGCAGGAGAAGAAUUUCUUGCAAAGACCUUGGACGGCCAGACCACCAGGGAUGGCUGUACAAGAAGAAAUCCAACAAGGGCUUUAUUGGCAACAAAUGGAAAAAGUAUUGGUUUGUGCUGAAAGGGACCUACCUGUAUUGGUACAUCAACCAAGCUGCAGAGAAAGCUGAAGGCUUCGUUAAUUUGCCAGAUUUCAAAAUUGAUCAAGGCACAGAAUGCAAAAAGAAACACGCAAUAAAGGCCAGCCAUUCAAAACACAAGAACUUCUACUUUGCCGCAGAGAAUGCUGAAGACAUGAACACAUGGAUUAACAAAAUGGGAUUAGCUGCUAUUGAGUAUGUUCUGCCCCCUUCGGAAGCAAAAACAGAAGACUGCUGGAGUGAGAGUGAGCAGGAAGAUGCUGAUGUUUCAGCAGAGGCACCAAACUCAGCGCAUGCAUCGGGACGACAGGAGCAGCAUGCAACCCCACUACAAUCUUCAUUCACGCCCAGCGAAACGUUGAAUACAUUUUCAUCCCUGGAGAGCACCGCAUCUUGUGCAUCAGCAUCUGCAGCUUCACUGUCACAGCACAACUCCCCGGGAAGGCAAUCCUGUCAAGACAUUGUCCGUUUAUCACAAACUGAUAUUGGAACCCUCUGCUCAUCAUCUGAUGCACAACAUAGUGUGGGAUCGUCGCAGCAAGUAACGUGCGGAAAUGCUACACAAGAGCUGAACAGGAUUACCUCUGGACCAGGGGACAAUCGUGCUACAGGAGGACCACAGUCCUUGGUCUAUGGUGAAGGUACGGAAACAUCAGGACACCCUGGCGUUCUCAGCACCCGUGAGAAAGAACAACCACAAACUUCUGACGAAAUGGAGCAAUUGUAUAAAUCGUUGGAGCAAGCAAGUCUUUCUCCGAUUGGAGUACGUCGAGCGUCAACAAAGAGGGAUUUCAGGCGAUCCUUUAUAAAGCGCAGUAAAAAUCCUGUUGUCAAUGAAAGACUGCACAAAUUCAGAACAUUGAACAGUACGCUAAAGUCCAAAGAAGCUGACCUGGCAGUAAUAAACAUACUCCUGGAAAGUUCGCAGUUGACCACAGAGAAAUUCCGACAGUGGAAAGAAGAUUAUUCACUAUUGCUGCAGGAUAUUUGCAAAGGAGCCCAGUCUAAAGUUUGUGCCGCAAGGAAUUCUGGAAUGCUGGAGAAUCGGGUACCGUCAUCCCUCGUAUCAGAUGUUUAAUUUGGACAUUUAACUUACCCAGAUGUGGUACUUUGUCUUGGUCGAACAAAGUUGUUUCCUGAAGCACUAAGAAUUAUAGGACUUCCAACAAGCCAAUCUAGCCAGUAAACUAAUAAGAAACAGUGCUUAUUGUGACUUUAGGUCAUCAUUUUCAUCUUUCAUCACAGGACUUGUGAAUGAUUAUUUAAUUUAUAGGCAAUUGCACUGUGUAAUGGCUACAGUUUUAUUUGUAAGUAAACACCUCUUUAGAGGGUCGAAGUUUAUAGAGAACAUUCAUAGUCUAUUUUUGUUUUAUUCUAUUUAUUCUCAAUUGUGAUCGGGCAUGAAAUGGUUCUGAAGCCUGCAGUAUCUGAAACAUAUUUGCACAUGUAAAAAAAUCUGUAUAUAUGAAAUGUCACUUGAGAAACAAAUACAAUGCCAAUGAUUCCACUGAAAGUAAAGGCUAAUGUGCAUAUUAAGUCCCAUUUUUUUUUAAAAACAAUUGCAGUUGAAACCAUCAGCACAAUAAAAAUGUGCCUGCAAACGAUAAGGUCAUAAGUGAUAGGAGCAGAAUUAGGCCAUUCGGCCCAUCAGAUCUACUCGCCCAUUCAAUCAUGGCUGAUCUAUCUCUCCCUCCUAACCCCAUUCUCCUGACCUCUCCCCGUAACCCUUGACACCCGUACAUGUAGUUGAAGAGACAUGAUCUUCAGGGAUAUGGGGUUGGUUGUUUGGAAGUGGGGGAGGUUCUCUUUCAACAAUUGUCCUACAGUGAUGUAAAUUGUCUAUAAUGUACAUUCUCGUUUACAUUCUCAUUUAAUUGUACCAAUCAAAGGUUUGUUGUAAAACAUAGUGCAAUGAGGAUAUUUUUUCUAUUCUUUCACCAUUAUAAAAUCAUAAUAAAUUGGAAUAAACAAGAGGUCGAAUAAGCGUUUAAUUAUUGAUAGGAGUGUCUCGGACUGUCUUGUCACUCAGAACAUUAACAAUCCGCAGGAAUGUUUUCUCCACAUGGGAAGUACUAGUACUAAGAAUAAUCCUUGAUGUAAAAUGUAAAAGGUCAUUCAUCCAUUUCAGCAGCUGUAGGGACUGGGAGUUAGUGCUGGAGUGCCUGUUUGUACAAAACACUGCUGCCAUGGAUUGUGUUGUAUUUUUUUGAUUCAGCCUUUGCGCAAUCCAAAGUGGUCUUGUGCGACCAUUUGCAGGUAACAUUACGACAAUAAUGAAAUUAGGCUGUGCGGUUCCAGUCGGGCCACUGUCCAUAUAAUAUAACCAUAUAACCAUAUAACAAUUACAGCACGGAAACAGGCCAUCUCGACCCUUCUAGUCCGUGCCGAACACAUACUCUCCCCUAGUCCCAUAUACCUGCACUCAGACCAUAACCCUCCAUUCCCUUCCCGUCCAUAUAACUAUCCAAUUUAUUUUUAAAUGAUAAAAACGAACCUGCCUCCACCACCUUCACUGGAAGCUCAUUCCACACAGCUACCAUUCUCUGAGUAAAGAAGUUCCCCCUCAUGUUACCCCAAAACUUCAGUCCCUUAAUUCUCAAGUCAUGUCCCCUUG